UGAAUUCCUUAAAAAAUACAUAGGAAAGAUAAGAAAAAGGAAAGGUGUAUUGGAUGAGGUUUUCUCGAGUCCCCAUGAAGUUCAGCUUUCUUGAUUAAUCUGUUAUGUAUUCAUGUGUUCUUUUCAUGUCAAUCUGAAUGUCUUCAUAUUAUGUUAUUUAUUUUCUUUUUAACUCUUAUGAGUUUCCCAAAAUUUUUAGAUUUUGCGCUGGGAAACCAUAGAAAGUGAGGUGGAUAUAUUGAAAUCGAGGCUCUCACAGAUUUAUUACGAUGAUCUUCUAAAGCUAAGAAAACCAAUGGAAUGUCUAGAAGAAUGGCUUGAUGCUGUAUCUACAGCUAAUAUCCCUUGUGCUGUGGUUUCAAGUCUUGAUCGAAGGAACAUGGUUGAUGCUUUAGAACUAAUUGGCCUCAAGAAGUAUUUCCAGGCAAUAAUUUCUGAGGAAAACGGAAUGGGGUCGAUAUCUCAUAGAUUUCUAUCUGCAGCUAUGAAGUUGGAUCGUAAACCAUCAAAAUGUGUAGUAUUUGAGGAUGAUCCCCGUGGCAUUACCGCAGCUCAUAAAUGUACUAUGAUGGCUGUGGCAAUGAUUAGCUCUCACCCUGCGUAUGAUCUGGUGCAGGCUGAUCUUGCAGUUGGUAGCUUUAACGAGCUUUCGGUGAUUAAUCUUCGAAGAUUAUUUGCUAACAAGGGUUCUACUUUCAUGGACCGGCAAAAGCAGAUCAUAGAGAAAACUCCUCCGAGAAGGAAGCUUACAGUCGAUACCAUCUGAAUCAUUUUCUCCUUUCAUUCCAAAUUCGUCCCUGUAAUUAAGAGACCGUGCAGGUAGGAGAGAGUUCUAGCAUUUAUGUUACUCCAACUCUAGAUUGCAUAGGGAUUAGGGGAUAUGAUCCUCUAGUGUAUUGUGUUGGACGCAGAUUCUUAGUUUGAGUAACAUAGGUCUAUAUAUUUAAUUUUAAAUUAUGCUACUGUUAGGAAUCAUUCAUCUGUUUGUACAGUGGGUUCUGUUAUUACUUACAGAUCUGGUGGAUAUUGGAAAAUCCGGAUGGCCAGGAUCUUUUUACCUUGCAAUGCUUUUAGCCAAAGUUAUUUCUCUUC